AUGGCUUCAUCGAAACCACAGUUAGGAAUACAAUCUCCAGUUCAUUGUCAAUUGUGUGAACGUGAUCCUAAAAUCUCCUGGAAAUGUUUGGAGUGUGAUUUACUGAUGUGUAGUGCAUGUAAGAAUAACAUUCAUACAAAAAUUAAAACUGCCGGAGAACAUAGGAUUCUAGCGAUCAAGGAUAUUGGAAGUUCACCUAGCAGUGUCCCUUCGAAGAUUGAUAUGGCUCUUGUCGAAACAUAUCAAACCAAGUUAAAUCCGGUUCAAGAACUUGCAGUAUCCUCGGAUGGUUCAUUGUGGAUAAGUGACGGACACCGCAAAAAGAGAAUCCGAUUAUUCACUUCCCAUACAGGAUUGCAAAAGGUCAGAUGUGAAGGAAAUGAGUUAAAGGUGAUAUCUUGUUUUAACACUGGCGUUUUUGACAUUGCUGUUACCCCUGAUAAUGACUUACUUAUAGCUGAUGAUGAAUCGAAACUGAAACUGAUCAAAAGUGGAACAAACAAAGUUGUAGACUCUGUUUAUGACUUGGACCCAUCCUAUCCUGUGGCCAUUCACGUAACACGAAAAAAUAAGAUAAUAGUAGGAACAGGUGGAGGUAAGGUGGUAGUAAUGGACAAAAAUGGGAAACAUGAGAAAGUGUAUGAGAAAGGUAGUACUAAAGAUACUUUGGUUUACCCAUGGCAAAUAACUGCAACUAGCAAUGAUGAUAUUUUUAUUGUUGAUUAUAAAACUGAGAACAACAAACGAGUGGUAGUACUGGGGCGUGAGAACAUUAUUAAUACCUAUUUUGGACAUUCAGUAAUCAACACUGAAGAUAGACCGUUUUAUCCUCAUGAUUUAACAACCACGCCUUCAGAUAAUGUCAUAGUUGCGGAUGGGUGCAAUUUUCUUCAUAUAUUAAAUUCCUUUGGAUAUCUGGUUACGUACGUCAAUAUUGAAGAUAAAGGAGUUAGAUUUCCAUAUUGCAUUGGACUUGCAACAGAAGAACAAUCGUGUAUGCUGUAUAUAGGAACUUUUGAGAAAAUACAUAAAUUGAACUUGAUAGGUUGUUAA